CAUUCAAGUCCCAGGUGGCAUUUUGUUUGCUGGGCUCGAGAAAUUUGAUGCAAAGUAGCAAAAUCCAAAUUAACCAAUUUGAGGCUGAAGAAAAGAGGUCAGACCUUCGACGAAGCCUCUGCCUCUGCCUCUAUACCUGGAAAAGAAAGCUGCUGAUUGCUGAAAGAUCCUUUCUUUACCAUCUGAAGGCUAUAGGUAUCGGCAACUCGGACAUAUUCCCUGCUGUUAAUCUCUGUGGCGUGCUUUCAACAAUGAUCAGGAAUGGUAGUAGGAAGAGUGUUGGCUGCUCCUCUACUAACAUUCAAUUCAGGAACACGUAGAAGUGUUCUUGAUCGUGACCUUGCAGCAGCAACUGCGCUUUCACCGCUUUCAUUAACCAAAUGUCACACGCGUUGCAAGAGCUGGACAAUACGUUCGUCGACAGCAGACCCUCAAACUCUACCUUUGACUGAUGAAGAACGGUCUACAUGGGACUCAUGCAGAGAAGUCCUCUCAGCAUUCGACUUUGACACUCAAGAGAAAGACAAGAUGCUCGGGAAAGCAUUCGGGCACGUGCCAUCACCAUACUGGGGGGAAGAGCGAAAGCAGGAGGUGCCAAGAUUCGAGGUAGUACAUGGUAUCUUGGAAUACUUGAGGUCUCUCGGGCUAUCCGACGAUGAUAUCUUGAAGGUGCUGAAGAAGUUUCCAGAAGUGAUGGGAUGCAGCCUCGAAGACGAUCUGAAGAAGAAUGUGGGGAUCCUGGAAAAGGUGUGGGCGAUUAAAGGGAAAUCUCUAAAGAAUCUGCUGCUGAGGAAUCCGAAAGUGUUGGGGUAUAAUGUUGAUUGUAAGGGGGAUUGUAUAGCGCAGUGCACACGCUGCUGGGUUCGAUUCUAAGGCUGCUUCGUGUAGAGAAUUGAGAACAUGUCACACGCUCAAAGCUAUGUACAUAUAUCUCAUUUAUGAGUGUGAUGAGAGAUCUUCAUUGGCCUGAUAUAUGCAGGACUUAGUAAUCAGAAUAAGAUUCAAUAAAUAUGUGUAUCUAAAGACCUUGGAUGUUCAUACCGGAAGUCCAUGGAACAGAGGAAUUCAGACCACAUGACAUAUUAGCUUCUGCAAAUGCUUUGAAUUAUGAGACGCUCGCUUCUGGCAAUUGCUAUGUCUAAAGUGAUGCUGAUAAGUUUUAAGGUUUUAUCAUGGCCGGUUGUGCUUGCCCAUGAAAUUCAGUGCCCCCCACUAAGGACUGGUUCGAGUUCUUGGACUUUGUUGCGAGAUAAUCGUUGAAGUAGCCAUAUUGAUAGCCAUCAAGCAACCAUAUCCCCCACAGCAAAGUCCAAUGUAAACACAUGG